CUUUGAACUAAGAGAGCACAGCUGCGAUGUUAGUGAUCGAUCUAAUGGUGAUGAGCAGGGGGGGUAUUUCUAAAUUGGCCCACCUACUAGAAAAUCGCUCACUGCCUGCGAAAUCUUCCCAAUUCAAACGUUAAUAGCUAAAUAAACGGAGUCCGCGUCUUUGCUCUUAGGUUCCCUAUAAAUGACAUUGAUGGGAACGAGAAAUCCAACGUACUCCUCUCCAUCUUCUUCUUUUUUCUGUCAUCAUUUUCUACGGAACGCGUUUCCUUUCGGGUGGCUACUUGUUGUGACUACAUUUUUAUCCUGGUUCAAUUUUUCACCGACUCUGUUACAAUAUUUAUUUCUUCCCUUGAUCCAGCCUUGCUUGGCUAUUAAGUUACGUUAUUUGACUACGUUACUAGGCUAGGUAGCGUCUAAAGACGUCAAUAGCUCUGAACGAAGGCGCAAGACUCUUUCACAUCUAUACCGGCGAUUGAUAUCCGUUUUUUCUCACAAUUUGUUUUUUAUUUUUAUUUUUUAUCCCUAGCUCCUUUAAACGACACGCCAUAUAUAGAGAAAUACCCUGAAGCCUUGCGAACGACGUCUUGAUAGAAAUCCGAAAACAGCCAUUCCUAGACUUUCUCAGCUCUAUCUUUAUUUUCUAGUAUUGCACCUGCUAGGGUGAAGAAGGAAUAUCCACCAAUUCCAAUGACAAGAAGAUCCCUCCUUGUUAUCCUGGGCCUGAUGAUGAUUGUCCCGCCGAAAUAACACAAACUACAACCUGCUCCGUUGUCUGUCACUUUCAAUCGUUCUAGUGUAUAAAGAGCUCUUACCUCUCAUCUACUGCUAUAAAGGGUACUACUACCUUUCCGACCACCGGAGGUCCUUUUUUAGGGUCUGGUUGCUAGUCUCGGUCCCGCCAAAAAAGUUUCUCCACCGGCCCCGAUUCCGCCAAGACAAAUCUUCACACGGAACCCGAAAACAACCUCCGCUGUCCGCCCUUUUGAUUGGCCGAACCUCUCCUCGUUCCCCACAAGCCGAACUCAAUCGGCGCUGUGCUGUGUUCGGCAUGCCGACUCUUGCUUUGACCGACUUCAACAUCGUAUGUGCAACGCUGGGCGGCUUCAUCAGCCUAUUCGGGCUGGUGUCGUAUCUUUUUAAGGAGAAAUUCUAUUUGUCGGAAGCUUAAGCUUUGAUUAUCUAGGUAAUUUCGCUGACCGCUGGCAUUCUCUUUUCCCCUAACUUCGCCAAUUUCCUCCGCCCGCUUGACUAUGCCCAAGGCUCCCCCGCUGCCGUGGAGGAUAUAACACUCUACUUCUCCCGCCUCGUUCUAGGCGUCCAACUCGUUCUCGCAGGCGUACAACUACCCAGCCGUUACCUAUCCAAAGAAUGGAAGAGUCUCUCACUCCUGCUCGGCCCCGGCAUGCUGGCCAUGUGGCUCUGCAGUAGCCUAGUGAUCUUCAUGUUGGUACCCAACUUACCGUUCCUACAUGCCCUGGCGAUUGCGGCCUGUAUUACACCCACGGACCCAGUACUGUCGAAUUCUAUUGUCAAGGGGAAGUUUGCGGACAGGAAUGUGCCGCGUGGCUUACAGAGGAUCAUUAUUGCGGAAUCCGGGGCGAAUGACGGGCUUGGGUAUCCGUUUUUGUUUUUUGCGAUUUACCUGAUUCAGUUUGUUGGGGUAGGUGAAGGCGAGGGCACAGGACAAUUUGAAGGGGGCGCCUGGAGUGCAAUUGCGCUCUGGUUUGGAGAAACGUGGGGGUAUACUAUUCUGCUGAGUGUUGUGUACGGGGCGGUAGUGGGAUGGUUGGCAAAAGAGCUAUUGCAUUGGGCGGAGGAGAAGAAGUUUAUUGAUCGAGAGAGCUUUUUGGUAUUUGCGAUUGCUUUGGCUCUUUUCAUCAUCGGGACAUGCGGAAUGAUAGGCAGUGAUGACGUUCUCGCCUGCUUUAUUGCCGGCAACGUAUUCACCAUUGACGACUGGUUCCGCCUAGAAACGCUCGACGAUUCCCUCCAACCCACCAUCGACAUGCUUCUCAACCUCUUUGUCUUCAUGUGGUUCGGCGCUGUGUGCCCCUGGGGGAAAUUCUUACAAAACGACGUCAUCUCUAUACAUCGACUCAUCUUCCUCGGUAUCCUCAUCUUACUCUUUCGUCGCAUUCCCAUAAUCUUCGCAAUGCACAGAUACAUCCGGCAGAUAGAACACUUUCGGCAAGCCGCGUUCGUGGGUUUUUUCGGACCCAUUGGCGUCAGUGGCAUUUUCUAUUUGUAUAUCAGUCGUGAGUAUCUCAGUCGUUGGAUUGUGCCUGAUGGUAGUGGGAGGGUGAGAGAGGAUGCAAUUGCGCUGUCGGAAGAGAUUGAAGUAAUUGUGUGGUUUUUAGUGGUUUGUAGUAUUAUGGUGCACGGCCUGUCAAUACCUCUCGCGAAACUCUGCAUUCACCUACACCGCACCCUCUCCAGAGCUCUAAGCUACAGCUCAAACGUCGACAGCGAUAACAACUACUCUUCCCGCCUAUCGCGCAUGUUUCUGCCAUCAUUAACCAGGCCUACUUCCAUGCACAGCUCGAACCGCCACGAACCGCCUAGACCAGCUGUUUAUUUGGGGACAGGACGGUCUAUUAUUCCCGAGGGGGACGCGGAGGAGGCAGAGGAAACAGAGAGCUUAUUGGGCAUCAAGGCGACGGCAGAGACGGGGAAUGAUACCACGAUGGAACCAGCGGGGCGGGCGCAGGUGGAAGAAAAUGGACGAGACACAACGGAAGACUGGCCGCACACUAAACCGGUAUUAACGUCUCAUCCUGUAUCCACGCCUAGCUGUAUCGUUAAUGACAGCAACACCGGCGAUAAAUCCGGUAGUAGUCUGGGAGAAAGCAGAAGCGGUGGUAACAGCUACUCGAAGCGGGACAUUGGCAAUGGGAGUCGCAUGCAGAGUUAUGGGGCCACUUGUCCUGGCUGAAGCCCAGGAGUGGGCAAGGGGCCGGAGUUGAAAACUUGAACCUGGGCUAGCAUCUUCGUUUUGCGGAAAGUAGGUUCAAAACUCUCAAGUCAUAUGGAUUCAAAUUAAAUCUGGUCAGCACGGGGGGGGGGCCUUGUCAGAGCUUUCAGGAGAAAGGUGUUCUUGCUUCUAUACCCUAUACCAUUCAUUCUUGGAUUUGUGAAGGCCCGGGCUUCUUCAUUCAUCCGGGAAGUCCAAUCCAGAUUGUCUUGGCCUCUACUUUAACUGAGAAUGGCAGCAUACAGUUCGGUCCCUUUUAUUUUCGCUUUACUAGACCUUUAUUGUGCCUAUACCUAUGAGACGACCAGAUACAAAAGGUGCAUAAUAAUGACUUAAAGAACGGAGUUAAUGGAGAAUUAUUAGCAAUACCGUACUUGAUGCGAAUAUAGUAAUGUACAAUAUGUAGGAUAUGAAACUCCAGAACAAGGAGACCACUAAGUAGUGUUUCAAGGAGGAAUAUCCAAGAUACCUAUUUAAACUCUCGUCAAUGUGGCCGUAUACACAACCAAUCAAUGCUUAACCCUCUAGGGGGUCAGACUAAAUUAAAUAAAUACACUACAGAAUAAGAAUGUACUUAAUGACUAAUUGGAUCCAUUGAUAGCCUGCC